CCCACGGCCGCUCGCCCGCGGGUCACAAGAGGGAGCAGCCCCUGCCCCGUGCCCCGCUCCGCGGCGCGUAGCAUGAGGCUCCGGCUGCGAACGCGCCGCGCCGCGUGUCUCUCGGGCGGACUUUCUUGGCUCCCUUCCCUGCAGCCGGGGGCGGGGGAGGAGAGAUGCGGGGUGAGGUCACGGCUCCCCUGAGCCUGGCGCUGGGAUUUCAGACCCUCCCGCGGAGCUCCCAGCCCAGAGAGCGGAGCCUUUUGCCGAGCUCUUCCCGCCCCGGCCGCUGCCCAUGUCUGCACCCGCCGCCAACUCGGACCUCAAGCGGGCUUUGCACGGCAGCCCCGAGACGAGCGUCCAGCAUGAGCCCCCGCAGGCCGAGCCCAUGCCCAAGAACUACCUGGUCCUCAGCAUCUUCUCCUGCUUCUGCCCCGCGUACCCCAUCAACAUCGUGGCCUUCGUCUUCUCCAUCAUGGCUUUAAAUAGUUAUAGUCAAGGAGACAUAGAAGGAUCAAGAAGACUGGGUCGCAAUGCACUCUGGGUUGCUGUGGCAUCAAUCAUGAUUGGCCUUCUGAUUAUUGGGAUCUAUUGUGUAGUUCACUUCACAACGCAUGCUAUCUGAAGACCAGGACUGAGCAUGAAGGAUUAUCAUUAUCUAAACUCUGGGAAGGAAAUGCGUGAAGAAGGGGGAAAAAAAUCCUUCAUUCCAGACUGUUAGAUUUGACCCUCCAAGUCCCUCUCCAGAGGCAAGUUGCUGGUGGAUGAACUAAUAGUCCAAAGUUAGCACAUCAAAGUGGCGUGACCAGAUGUGCAAAGUUAUUUAUUUGAAAAAGAAUCUUGGUAUAGAGCAAUGCACACCCUCCUAUCCUAAUGUACAGUGGGUUCUUGGCCCGUUGUGACCGACUUUACUUUCUCUCUUAUGCAGAGGGUGCCCUGAGUCCAUGGGUGUUCACUGGUUGAACUUAGUGACACAAACCAACUUGUCUAUACUGUUUACAGCACAUGAUUCAUGGCCUCAUCCUAAGCCCGGUGAAGCUAGUAGUAUGACUCCCAUUGACAUCAUGGGGCUUUGGAUUGGGCCCUGAAAGAUUUGUAUAAUAUUUUAAAAUUGCCUUAGCAUGUAAUCAUACUAAAUAACAAAUUUAUGGUCAGUUUUUCUCUGCUAUAGAGUCACCCAGUUCUUUCCUUCUUAGUCAUCCCGAGCUUUUCUGUCUAUCACCUUGUUUUUUUUCACCAUCUGAAGGCUGAUUUUAAUCAGUUGAUUAUGAAGGGAAUCUCUUGUCCCAUAUUGUGAAUCUAUAUGCAUUUCUUCCAAACGACCUCUCACAUCUGUUGUCUUCUACUGUUGAGCCACCUUGCAUUGUCCCCCCCACAGACACACUUUGAACGUGCACUAAGCAUAUUUUCCUCUUCCGUGCUGUGUCUAUAAGAACAUUUUCUCAUUUUUUUUCUGACAAAAUAGGUGCAUUUUAGUCGAUGUGCUUGUCAAUCCAUUUUUUACAGUGUCUUUAGCAAAUCAGUUCAUCAGAUUGUGCCCCACUUCAUUAGUGUUUGUGUUUGAUUCACCAACUCAUCCUGCCGCGAUCGUUUGUAAGUCAGUGCACUCGGUAAGACACAGAUCCUGCCACCCUGAGUUACGCUGAGUAGCAUCGGACUAAUAAUACAACGACCUGCUCAGAGAGUGAGGUACUGAUCAGUAAGAGUGAGGGUACGUCUACACAGCCCAGGGUAGAGAACCUCUCAGCCCGGGACAACACACUCGGGCUAGCACGGCUUGCACUAACACUGUAAAAAUAGCUGUGUAGACAACGCCUUGAAGCGGCAGCUUGGGCUGGAGCUUGGAGUCAGAAGCCUAGGGAGGGGGUGGGCUUGCUGCCAGGGGCUGUGUAGAUGCACUCUAAGGAGGGAAGAUGCUGCCCCUAAGCAAACAGCAGAACGCAGGACAAUACAACUGCACUUUCUCAGCUGAAAACUUAAGAGAACAAAUUUGUUUUUGUAAGCAAAAUAAUCGGUGCUCAAGAAGGACGAAGGGCAGUAAAGAUUAACAUGGAGGGCCACAUCCUCCACUGGGGUAAGUCGUUGUAGCUCCGUUGGCUAAGUUAUUAUUACAACUUCAAUGUACACUCAUUCUCCUCUCAUUCACAAUGGUGUAACUCAGGAGUGACCCCACUGAAAUCAGUAGAAUUUUACUGGUGUAAAACAGGCGUCAAUGAGAAGAGAAUCAUGCCUGGAACGAGUACAACUACGCUAUUGCAAAGGAAUAAUCUUCAGAAACCUGUGCCUGUCAAAGCAGCUAUCCGGCAACAGAGUGUAUUUUCUGUGCACUGAGGUUAGGUUUUUAACAGAAUUGUACUGUGGGGGGGGGUUGUUUGUUUCUGCCUUUAUGGUGGCCAAUUUCUGAUUUUUCAUUGAAGUCAGUGAUGUAAAUUCUGUUCUUAAUGACACUAGUAUAAAUCUUGAGUCAUUCCACGAAGGUCAGGAUUUACACUGGUAGAAUUUGCCCAGUUUGGAGUUUGUUUGCCACUGAUUUCAAUAACCCCAGGAACUGCCCCGUUCUGAGCACGUCUUAAUGAUUUUUGGAUACUGUUUCACGGAUUACAAAUGUUUUGUAACUUGCAUUAUUAUCAGGUGUAACAAAAUUGUCAUUGAGAGGCAGAAUAAAAUUGGUUUUAACUAAUCAUGUUCA